CCAACAUGUGGUUGUGGGAAGUUUUUCGACACAGACUACACCAAAGAUGUUGCGGGGGGAAAAAGUUCCCUACAUUGCACCCUGCUGGUGCUGGUCACGUAUUACAGUCAAACUGCUCACUGCCAAAAUCAACGCAAAGAGCCAGCCACGCAUGUCGUUGAGUCAUUAUGAAAGUGAAAGUCGGUCAGCUGCCUGGGAAAAACCGAAGUCCGUCUGUGAGUCAAAUAUUUCCUCCCAGACCGGCGACACGGCCACUUCAUAGAGGAGCGUGUGCGGUGAAUGAACAUGGCCUCCGUUGGUAUCCUCUUCUUGUUUUUCAUCGUUAUCAGAGCACAAAGUGAAGGAAAAACUUUUGUAGAAGUGGAAUGCAAGACUGAAAACGUGGGACAGUAUGGCCAGCAGUCAAUGCUGGACUGUGUUGUCAAAACCUCAGAAGAAGUAAAAGAGCCAGAAAUCACGGUGGUCGCUUGGAAGAAAAAGGGUUCUGAGGAUGCCUUACUGGUUUUUCACAAAGGGAAAACUACAUUGCGGCCUGGCUAUAAGUUUGCUGAAUCAUCCUGGAACAACAGGAAUAUGAACAUAUCCCUGCUCAUCACCAACACUAUGAUGGUGAACAGUGGAGAUUAUACAUGCUUGGUGAUGACAGACAGCGGUGAUGAUGAGGAAACAGAGACCAGCCUCAGAGUCACAGCCAAAUACAACAAACCAACAAUAAGCUUCAUCCCUGAGAACAUUACGCGAAGAGAAGAUGUCACCUUGUCCUGUAGCUCUGUUGGUGGAUACCCAAAAGGUCAACUUCGCUGGUUCGAUGAGCACAACAAGGAUUGGAUAGCAAGCAGUGAAAUGGAGGCAGAGCUGACAAACGAUGGUCUGUUUAAACUGUCUAGCAAGCUGUCUUUGCUGAAAAAUUCCAUUUUCUCCAAGUACACCUGCGUAGUGUUCAACUCCAGUGGCGGCAAAGAGGACGAGGUCACAUUGGAAAUACCAGACACAGCAGCAUCUGAAGGUCAGGAACAAAGGAAAGUUUCGGAUCAAACCUCCAAAAUAGUCGCCCCUUUGGUGGUUAUCGGAUCGCUGAUCGUAGGAUUGCUGUUGGCGCUGCUGAUUUACAGAAGGCGGUCUCAACGUCACCAUCGAGAGGUUCCUACAUGUGAAUCAGAUGCUGAGCAUGGUGAUCAUGUGGAGAUGUAUAAAGAAUGUGAAGAUGGCACAGCCUGAGGAGAUUCUUCGUGUCACAUGAACAUAACUACUUACCAGCAGCCUCUGAAAGGAUUAGCAGAAAGCUAAAGGGGCUGGAAGUUGUGUAUGUGUGUAUAUGUGUAGUGUUCCUCUAACUGUGAUCUGUGAAACAGGGUUUAUGUAGCUUUUAGGACCGGUAUGCAAGUUCACUACUAAAACAACAUGUAUUUUGGGGAUCUCAGGUUUUUUGGUUUCAUUUUUCUAUUCAUCUGAUGCCAGCUCUCAGGAGUGCCCAUAUGUUUUGGGCCUUUUUGUAACUGUUUGGUAAGGGAGGCAACGGUAAAUGCACAGGAUUAAUCUUUUGUUGGGAUGUAUCUGUAUUGUGUUAAGAGCAGGGAGAACGUGCUUUACUAUCAUCCUAUAAUCCAAACUCCAAAAUCACUCCGGACAUAAGAUGCAAAGACAGGAUUCAGACAAAAGGAUCUCUGGAGAACCACACCAUCACCAUCAGCAACCUGACCACCAAUGACUCUGGUGUCUACAGCUGUGUAUAGAAAGUUUCCCGAAGGUGAAGCCCGAUGCAACGUCCACACUGUUAAUGUAAAAGGUCUGUUUUUCCUUUUUCUUCUAAAACAAACAAAUAAAUAAACAACACAUGUGUUGGGUACUCGA